AUGCCAAAGAAUGUCAAUUGGAGAAAUUAUGUGGACACUGCUUGGGUUGAUCGAACCAAUAUCCGUCGGUCAACCGGCUACUCCCCUCAGUACUUAGUUUAUGGUUUUCAGGGCUACGCAGAUCUUAAUCUACUACUCAAUCCUAUUCCAAAGAAGAUCCCACUAUUACCAUUAGAAUUAUUCAGGUUUAGAUUUAAACAAUUAUCAUUCCGAGAUGAUCAAUUUGCAUCAGCUUCCACAACGUUGGAGCGUUCCAGACAAGAAAGCAAGUACUACCAGGACAUCAAAAAGGAAAUAGCUAUCCCUCUCAGCGUUGGAGAUUAUGUUCUCACAUGGGAUAAGCCAAUCAAGAAUGUUAUAGGAGCCAAAUCACACAAGUUAAAGGAACGUUGGGCAGGCCCAUAUAGAAUCAUCGAUAAUGGAGAUCGUAUCUACUGGUUAUCAACAUUAGAUGGAUUCAAGAUUGAGAGAGGCUUUGCUAGAGAAGUGUCAAAGAAAUAA